AUGUACCAGAGAUCCCUCUUUUUUCUUGGGCUUGCUUUGCUAGGAAGUGUAGCUUUUGCUUCCCCGUCAGGAAAAUUGUCUUUAAUUAGUCGUAAUUAUACGGCAGGGUAUCGAUCUGUGGCAUAUUUUGUUAAUUGGGCAAUUUACGACCGGAAGUUUUACCCACAAGAUCUUCCGGUAGAGCAACUCACACAUGUUCUGUAUGCAUUCGCCAACGUGCAUGCGGACACCGGGCGCGUUUACUUGUCAGAUCCCUGGGCCGAUAUUGAGAAGCACUACUCCGGUGAUUCUUGGGAUGAGGCCGGGAACAACGCUUAUGGGUGUAUAAAACAACUGUUCUUACUCAAACAGAGAAAUCGCAAUCUUAAGGUGCUGCUUUCGAUUGGCGGCUGGUCAUAUUCUAAUAAUCUCGCGGCCGCACUCGGUACUAGUACCGGCCGCUCAGCUUUUGUUUCUUCCGCCGUGAGCCUUGUGAAAAAUUUGGGAUUCGAUGGACUUGAUAUUGAUUGGGAAUACCCCUCUAAUAACACUCAGGCACAAAAUAUGGUGGACAUGCUGAAAGGCCUGCGCUCAGUAGGUCCGACCUGGUCCCAUUGUCAUUCGUUUAGUACUAAUCAUCGUCAGGCUCUUGAUGAUUACAGUGCCGCACAUGCAAAUGGCUACCAUUUCCUGAUAACAACUGCGAGUCCAGCCGGUCCGAGCAACUACAAGAAGCUACAUGUCGCAGAAAUGGACCAAUACAUUGAUUUCUGGAAUCUGAUGGCAUAUGAUUAUGCUGGAAGUUGGGACAAUGUGACCGGGCAUGAUGCUAAUCUAUAUCAAUCUAUUGACAACAAGCCAAGUACCCCAUUCAACACGGAUGUGGCAGUUGACUACUACACCACUCAUGGAGUAGAUUCUAGAAAAAUUGUCAUGGGGAUGCCACUUUAUGGCAGAUCGUUUUUGAACACCGACGGCCCAGGUGACAGCUAUAAUGGGGUUGGGAGUGGCAGUUGGGAACGCGGCGUGUGGGACUAUAAGUCUUUACCACUGCAAGAUUCCAUUGUCCACUACUUGGAGCAGUCGGUUUCUAGCUACAGUUACGACCCCACAAGACGCAUGAUGAUCAGCUUUGACACACCUGAAGUAGCUCGGAAAAAGGCACAGUACAUCAUGGCGAAAGGCCUCGGCGGGGGAAUGUGGUGGGAAAGCAGCAGUGACAAGGCUGGGUCUGACAGCUUGAUCAGUAACGUCAUUGCAUCAUUCGGAGGCAUUGGCUCAUUGGAGACAAGCCACAACCAGCUUAAUUACACCGUUUCGGAGUAUCUGAACAUCAGGAAUGGGCUUUAA